AUGCCGGCGGGACAUGGUUUGAGAUCACGCACUAGGGAUUUGUUUUCUCGUCCUUUCAGGAAGAAGGGACCUACCCCGCUCUCAAUCUACCUCCGUACCUACAAGAUCGGCGACUAUGUCGAUGUCAAGGUGAACGGGUCGAUCCACAAAGGCAUGCCGCACAAAUUCUAUCAUGGCCGCACUGGUCGCGUCUGGAAUGUUACCAAACGCGCAAUUGGCGUCGAAGUCAACAAGCAGGUAGGCAACAGAAUCAUAAGAAAGAGGAUCCAUGUACGAGUGGAGCAUGUGCAGCCAUCGAGGUGUCACGAGGAAUUUCUGCAAAGAGUCAAGACGAACAACAAACUUAAGGCAGAGGCUAAUGCAAGAGGUGAAGUUAUUAGUACCAAGAGGCAGCCAAAGGGACCCAAACCUGGAUUCAUGGUUGAAGGUGCAACUUUGGAGACAGUUACUCCUAUUCCAUAUGAUGUGGUUAACGAUCUGAAGGGUGGUUAUUAA